GGUCACGUGUUGUAGUGCAGUCAGUCGCUGUGCCUUGCCUCGAGCCAGCGCUGAGUGGAGCCUGUCUGCCAACAGCCUCAGCAGCGGCUCUAUCUGGAACCCACUACACUCACUGACAAUUAAAGGAGGCCCCUUUUUCUUCUUUUUUCCGAGGACUAUUCUUCACAAUGGGCGACAAGAAGAGCCCAACCAGGCCAAAAAGACAAGCCAAACAGACCGCAGACGACGGGUACUGGGACUGUAGCGUCUGCACCUUCAGGAACACCGCCGAGGCUUUCAAAUGCAGCAUCUGCGAUGUGAGGAAGGGCACAUCCACAAGGAAACCCAGGAUCAACUCCCAGCUGGUCGCCCAGCAGGUGGCUCAGCAGUACCCGAUGCCUCCGCCGCCCAAGAAGGAGCGGAGGGAGAGGAGCGAGCGCACAGACAAGGAGCGCCCGGACGGCGAGGGCGAGCGCGCCAUCGGAGAGGUACGCCCGGAGAUUGAGCGUCCAGAGUUGGUGAGGCCAGAGGGGGACCCUCCCGAGAAGGAGAAGGAGAAGGAGAAGGAGAAGAGCGACAACGAGCAACAGCCAAUCACAGACAAGCCGAACAGAGAGAAGGAAAUCAUCCCAGCCGUCACGAAGAAGCCCAGCAGCAAAAAGACCAGACCCAAAUCAGACAACCACCAGAGCCCGCCCAGUGAAAAACACAGCAUACAGUCUGGAAAAUCAGCAACCAAGACCAACAAGAACUCUCACAUUUCCAGGCCCAAACUGAAGAACAUUGACCGGAGCACCGCCCAGCAGUUGGCUAUCACCGUAGGGAACGUGACGGUGAUCAUAACAGACUUUAAGGAGAAGACCCGCUCCUCCUCCACGUCCUCGUCCACCAUUACGUCCAGCGCGGGCUCCGAACAACAGCACCAGAGCUCCGGCUCCGAGAGCAUGGACAAGGGCUCGUCGCGGGCCUCCACGCCCAAAGGGGAUCUGUCCGUGGGGCACGACGAGUCGUUCUGAGCCCCCAAAUCCCAAUUUUUUUCCCACCCACUUGUCCUUGACCCCUGCCCCACCAUCGCCACGAUCCCCCUUCCCCCUCCCCACACAUGUUUCUGGACACUAUGGAUCCCAUAUGGGGAGAGAUAUCACCUUUCCCAUCGGUGCCCCGCCUCCACUCCAUGACAACCCCCGGAUACGGAGAGGAACAGUGCAGUGCGCCUGCCGGGGAAAGAAACGCCCUCUGUUGGGUGAACUCCCCUCGUGGUUACAACCCAUGAUGAAGGCGAGGAAAGCUGGGCUACAAGGAAUAACACCCCCAUACCCCCCCAAACCCCCCCAUGACCUCCCCUGCGGUAGCAUCCAGACACUUGUAUGUAUUGUUUUAUAUUUCUAUGUGGAUGUGAGGCCAAGUCGACCUUAUUUUCUUUUUGUUUUUGUAAAGAAGAAUUCUCCGCUGGGCACAAUAACCACCAUCAUUUCAAUAACUUUAAACUAUUAUUACCCUUAUUUAUUACCUGUUGCACCUGUAUACUUUGAUAUUCUCCUUUUUUUUAAUUUUUUUUAUGUUGAAGCUUUGCUGUGUAGCCCCCGCCAAUCGAUCAUUCCUUCAGUGUUUUUAUUACAGUUGGAAGAUGACAGGACAGGACUCGAGUCACGCAGACACACACGAACCACAUACACACACACUGGUGCUAGAAACACUGUGAAGCGGUUUUGCAGAUCUGGGAUUCCCCAUUCACUCAAUGUGACAGAGUGCUGAUGAAUCAAAUUCACUUUUUCCUCAAUAACACUGUCUCACUCUGAACACUGUCGGGACCUCCAUCAGGGCCGUGUUGGUCUGUACAGGUCAAGGUUCAGACACCUGACUUUUUUCAACUAGAUUGUCUAUGAUUUAGUAUGCUAUAGCAGAUCUCUUAUACAGUAUAUUAUGUCCUUAACUGUACAGUGUAGGCUGUUGUGUAAAACACUAAAAGCUGUUGAUAUUUUCUGCAUUCCGUACUUGGAUAUUGAGUUAUUUUUCUGGCUAAAGGCAGAGCUGUCCUCGUAGCUCUGGAGCCAGAGUUUGUUUCUGCGGUGACUGAAUGGACGGUCACAUGCAGUUCCACUUGGUAAAACCAUAUCAGACUGUAAAAUAGACCCGUUGUGUCAAGCUGUUGUGAAUCGAUUUCAUCUUUCCUUUCGCUGUGGUCCUGAAGACUACUUCCCAUCUUUAUUCUCUCAACCUUUUAAUCCCAGAAAAAGGAGUGCAAAGACGUGAACAAAAAUUUGCAAAGAUUGACAAUUCACUUGACUUUUUUUAUUUUUAUUUUUUUAUUAAUUAAUUAAUUUAAGACUCCUGUCAUUGAAGGCAAAAAAAAAAAGAAUAAUGCAGUAGUUAACAGAACACAAUUGCUCUUUCAUUUUUUUAAAUCAGCGAGGCUUAUUUAAAGGUUUAAUUCACUUUCACCUUAGCUGAUACUAGACCAACAUAAUUUCCUUUUAACUGUAUGAAAUUGUAUAAAGAAUAAAUGUGUAUAUGAUAUCUUAGUUUUAUUUAUUGAAGGACCAAAGGAAUUUCAUAAUGACAUGAUACAUAGACAGAUAAAUAACAAUUUGAAAAUGCAAUUAUCUAAUGUGUGAGAUGAAUAACAGUUUAAAUAAAGACUAAUAUAAUCCACGUAAAUGGUGUUCUUAUUGUCCACUUGUCUCUAUGAGAGCAGAGAAGCGGCAGUUCUGUGAGUAGGAGGACACUAGCGGCUCCACGCUCAGUGGGUGGGCGUGCGGGCGACGAGAAGCCGACUCUGCGUUGGGGUGGGGGGGCAGCGGAUAAGAGCUCUGGGUCUGCUGGGUCAAAGCCUUUUUGGCCCCGGUAAGCCCCGCCUUCACUCUGCUGGACUACCACAGUGCAUGUAGAUCCCCUAACAGAGGCACACAACUCACCAAAACUAAAACCAGGGUUAUGUGAGGUCAACAAGGCCCCCCCCCCCCGAUUUAAAAAAACCUCAAUAUACCCUACCAAGAUCUGAGGGGCGAGAUUUGAUCUGUGUCGACCAAAGCUUUGCCGUUUCACACGUAUGGGCGAUAAUCAUAUGUGUGGGUCGUAAGCAAUGUUUGAAGUCCAAGAGAUAAUGUGCUCCUGAGUUAUUUUUUAUUUUUUACCUGCUCUUCUAAAGCUAUGGUUAAUAUGUAAUUAUGUACUUUAAUGCAUACAAAUAUGGAAUCGGUGUUCAAAGUGAGGAAAAGCAAUGUGAAUAGAACAAAAUAAAUAAAUGUGGGAAUGUCGGGGGUCAGAGGGGGAAAAUGUUUUGUCCAAUUUUUACUGAGAAAAAAAAACAAACAAAAACCCUGCUUUGUAAUGCAAUCUAUUAGAAAUAGGCCUAAAAAGCCAUCUUUUCACCUGCCUUAUCUGCAACCACGUUCACUUGACUGAGUACUCCAACGGAGAGGAUUCAUUGUUAAAUUAUUGACAAAUGGCCAUUUGCUGAGUAUAUGAAUUAUUGCUUGUGUAUAGAAUUUUAAAAACACUAUGAAUGACGGCAUCGAAGCUGAAGUCUUUUUGUUUCCCUGUUUUUUCUUUUCCGCGCAAGCAGUUCUGUUCUUGUGUGCGACCAGUAACCUUAAUUUACUGUGUAAAGAUGGUUACAUUUUUUAGCUUUGUUUGUCAGAGACCCAAAUAUAGAAGGCUUGUUUACUGACUGUAUAACCUUAACCGUGAAUUUCCAAUUAAGUGUAUUAUACAAACUCAUUUCUUGCUAUAACAAUGUCUUGUACAACACUUUUAAAGUUAUUGCUCGGUUUAAAAAAAAAAAAAAAAAGACAGAAAAAGUACAAAAAAAAAGUUUUAGGGACAGUACAAUAAUCCAUUCUUUGUUUAUUGCAGUUAUUAUUAUUUUUUUUUUCAAACUUAUAGCUAAUGUGUCAUUGUUUCCCCUGUGAAAUGGUCACAUUAUGUUCCUGGUGUGGAAAUGUACGCAGCAUUUUCAGCAGAUCACGGCUCCUUGUCUGGCUUAUAAUGUUAAAAUAAUACAUGUUUCUGGCAUGUGCACGACUUUUGCGCUUAUAGGCUAACCUGAUCAUUUCUUUUUCCCCUCGCUUAAAAUAGAAAAUGUCUAUUUAUGAAUU